AGUAUCGAAAUGAAAAAAGUGAAAUUCAGGUAGGAGUCCAAAUUCCGAAAUUCGGUGUCAAUAUAGGAAUAACUAAAAAAAAUGAAACAACUACUCUUGAUGAAUAUGCUCAAAGUCACCAGGAAACUAAGUUGGGGCAAAAGUUGAUUAAUAAAGAAUUGCAACUUCAAGAAACAGAAGAACAAAAUCAACAGGCUCAAAUCGAACAUUCUCCUAAAUAA